AUGUCCGAUCAGCCUCGGAAAGGGUGCUUUGAGGUGCGACUGGCUGACGGUUCAUCCACGUUCAUCUCCCUUCUGUCCAUGCCGCGUCCGUUUGGGAAGCUGAAAGCGUUGGACAUAGAUGCUGAAGCAGAGAAAAUAGUGAAUCAACUCCAAGAGGCUGUGAAAGAGGCCAGCGACCCCGAUGCAAAGGACGGUCCCUUCGGGCGGGGACCAGAGCGCUCACCGGGCGAAGGAGCGGACUGCGCACCGGUCGAGGGUAUAGGCGCGGAUUCCCCUGAUUCCCCUCCUUCCCCCCCUUGCUUCCCCUCCUUUCCGCCCUCGCUCCCCCUCCUUUCCGCCCUUGCUUCUCCUCCUUUCCCCCCCUGCUUCCCCUCCUUUCCCCCCCUGCUUCCCCUCCUUUCCCCCCUUGCUUCCCCUCCUUUACCCCCCUGCUUCCCCUCCUUUUUCCCCCUGCUUCCCCUCCUUUUCCCACUUGCUUCCCCUCCUUUCCCCCCCUGCUUCCCCUCCUUUCCGCCCCUGCUUCCCCUCCUUUCCGUUCCUGCUUCCCCUCCUUUCCGCCCCUGCUUCCCCUCCUUUACGCCCCUGCUUCCCCUCCCUUCCGCCCCUGCUUCCCCUCCUUUCCAGCCCUCUCCUUCCCCUAAUUUCUCCCUCUCAUUUCCUUCAUUUUCCCCCGCUGCUUGCCCUGUUCCUCUCCACCGCCUUACGCCCGUCCCUUGCCUCUCCUCCCUCUUCCAAUCUCCUCCAUUCCCUCUCCUCCCUCUUCCAAUCCCUCUCCUCCCUCUUCCAAUCUCCUCCCUUCCCUCUCCCAUCUUCCCUAUCCCCCCAAAUCCUUCUCUCCCUUUUUCUCCUCCUCCCCCUCUUCCUAUCUCCUCCUUCUCCUCCUCCCCCUUUUCCUUUUUCCUCUCCUUCUCCUAUCCCUCUUCAACUCUUUCCCUGGUUCCCUCCCUCGUCCAAUCUCCUCCAUUGCUCCCUUCCUCUCUUCCGCACCUCCUCCCUUCCUCUCUGUCCUACCUUUCCUCCCUUGCUUCCCCUCGUUUCCGCCCCUGCUUCCCCUCAUUUCUCCCCCUGCGUCCCCUCAUUUCUCCCCCUGCGUCCCCUCAUUUCUCCCCCUGCGUCCCCUCAUUUCUCCCCCUGCGUCCCCUCAUUUCUCCCCCUGUGUCCCCUCAUUUCUCCCCCUGCGUCCCCUCAUUUCUCCCCCUGCGUCCCCUCAUUUCUCCCCCUGCGUCCCCUCAUUUCUCCCCCUGCGUCCCCUCAUUUCUCCCCCUGUGUCCCCUCAUUUCUCCCCCUGCGUCCCCUCAUUUCUCCCCCUGCGUCCCCUCAUUUCUCCCCCUGCGUCCCCUCAUUUCUCCCCCUGCGUCACCUCAUUUCUCCCCCUGCGUCCCCUCAUUUCUCCCCCUGCGUCCCCUCAUUUCUCCCCCUGCGUCCCCUCAUUUCUCCCCCUGCGUCCCCUCAUUUCUCCCCCUGCGUCCCCUCAUUUCUCCCCCUGCGUCCCCUCAUUUCUCCCCCUGCGUCCCCUCAUUUCUCCCCCUGCGUCCCCUCAUUUCUCCCCCUGCGUCCCCUCAUUUCUCCCCCUGCGUCCCCUCAUUUCUCCCCCUGCGUCCCCUCAUUUCUCCCCCUGCGUCCCCUCAUUUCUCCCCCUGCGUCCCCUCAUUUCUCCCCCUGCGUCCCCUCAUUUCUCCCCCUGCGUCCCCUCAUUUCUCCCCCUGCGUCCCCUCAUUUCUCCCCCUGCGUCCCCUCGUUUCUCCCCCUGCGUCCCCUCAUUUCUCCCCCUGCGUCCCCUCAUUUCUCCCCCUGCGUCCCCUCAUUUCUCCCCCUGCGUCCCCUCAUUUCUCCCCCUGCGUCCCCUCAUUUCUCCCCCUGUGUCCCCUCAUUUCUCCCCCUGCGUCCCCUCAUUUCUCCCCCUGCGUCCCCUCAUUUCUCCCCCUGCGUCCCCUCAUUUCUCCCCCUGCGUCCCCUCAUUUCUCCCCCUGCGUCCCCUCAUUUCUCCCCCUGUGUCCCCUCAUUUCUCCCCCUGCGUCCCCUCAUUUCUCCCCCUGCGUCCCCUCAUUUCUCCCCCUGCGUCACCUCAUUUCUCCCCCUGCGUCCCCUCAUUUCUCCCCCUGCGUCCCCUCAUUUCUCCCCCUGCGUCCCCUCAUUUCUCCCCCUGCGUCCCCUCAUUUCUCCCCCUGCGUCCCCUCAUUUCUCCCCCUGCGUCCCCUCAUUUCUCCCCCUGCGUCCCCUCAUUUCUCCCCCUGCGUCCCCUCAUUUCUCCCCCUGCGUCCCCUCAUUUCUCCCCCUGCGUCCCCUCAUUUCUCCCCCUGCGUCCCCUCAUUUCUCCCCCUGCGUCCCCUCAUUUCUCCCCCUGCGUCCCCUCAUUUCUCCCCUGCGUCCCCUCAUUUCUCCCCCUGCGUCCCCUCAUUUCUCCCCCUGCGUCCCCUCAUUUCUCCCCCUGCGUCCCCUCAUUUCUCCCCCUGCGUCCCCUCAUUUCUCCCCCUGCGUCCCCUCAUUUCUCCCCCUGCGUCCCCUCAUUUCUCCCCCUGCGUCCCCUCAUUUCUCCCCCUGCGUCCCCUCAUUUCUCCCCCUGCGUCCCCUCAUUUCUCCCCCUGCGUCCCCUCAUUUCUCCCCCUGCGUCCCCUCAUUUCUCCCCCUGCGUCCCCUCAUUUCUCCCCCUGCGUCCCCUCAUUUCUCCCCCUGCGUCCCCUCAUUUCUCCCCCUGCGUCCCCUCAUUUCUCCCCCUGCGUCCCCUCAUUUCUCCCCCUGCGUCCCCUCAUUUCUCCCCCUGCGUCCCCUCAUUUCUCCCCCUGCGUCCCCUCAUUUCUCCCCCUGCGUCCCCUCAUUUCUCCCCCUGCGUCCCCUCAUUUCUCCCCCUGCGUCCCCUCAUUUCUCCCCCUGUGUCCCCUCAUUUCUCCCCCUGCGUCCCCUCAUUUCUCCCCCUGCGUCCCCUCAUUUCUCCCCCUGCGUCCCCUCAUUUCUCCCCCUGCGUCCCCUCAUUUCUCCCCCUGCGUCCCCUCAUUUCUCCCCCUGCGUCCCCUCAUUUCUCCCCCUGCGUCCCCUCAUUUCUCCCCCUGCGUCCCCUCAUUUCUCCCCCUGCGUCCCCUCAUUUCUCCCCCUGCGUCCCCUCAUUUCUCCCCCUGCGUCCCCUCAUUUCUCCCCCUGCGUCCCCUCAUUUCUCCCCCUGCGUCCCCUCAUUUCUCCCCCUGUGUCCACUCAUUUCUCCCCCUGCGUCCCCUCAUUUCUCCCCCUGCGUCCCCUCAUUUCUCCCCCUGUGUCCCCUCAUUUCUCCCCCUGCGUCCCCUCAUUUCUCCCCCUGCGUCCCCUCAUUUCUCCCCCUGCGUCCCCUCAUUUCUCCCCCUGCGUCCCCUCAUUUCUCCCCCUGCGUCCCCUCAUUUCUCCCCCUGCGUCCCCUCAUUUCUCCCCCUGCGUCCCCUCAUUUCUCCCCCUGCGUCCCCUCAUUUCUCCCCCUGCGUCCCCUCAUUUCUCCCCCUGCGUCCCCUCAUUUCUCCCCCUGCGUCCCCUCAUUUCUCCCCCUGCGUCCCCUCAUUUCUCCCCCUGCGUCCCCUCAUUUCUCCCCCUGCGUCCCCUCAUUUCUCCCCCUGUGUCCCCUCAUUUCUCCCCCUGCGUCCCCUCAUUUCUCCCCCUGCGUCCCCUCAUUUCUCCCCCUGCGUCCCCUCAUUUCUCCCCCUGCGUCCCCUCAUUUCUCCCCCUGCGUCCCCUCAUUUCUCCCCCUGCGUCCCCUCAUUUCUCCCCCUGCGUCCCCUCAUUUCUCCCCCUGCGUCCCCUCAUUUCUCCCCCUGCGUCCCCUCAUUUCUCCCCCUGCGUCCCCUCAUUUCUCCCCCUGCGUCCCCUCAUUUCUCCCCCUGCGUCCCCUCAUUUCUCCCCCUGCGUCCCCUCAUUUCUCCCCCUGCGUCCCCUCAUUUCUCCCCCUGCGUCCCCUCAUUUCUCCCCCUGCGUCCCCUCAUUUCUCCCCCUGCGUCCCCUCAUUUCUCCCCCUGCGUCCCCUCAUUUCUCCCCCUGCGUCCCCUCAUUUCUCCCCCUGCGUCCCCUCAUUUCUCCCCCUGCGUCCCCUCAUUUCUCCCCCUGCGUCCCCUCAUUUCUCCCCCUGCGUCCCCUCAUUUCUCCCCCUGCGUCCCCUCAUUUCUCCCCCUGCGUCCCCUCAUUUCUCCCCCUGCGUCCCCUCAUUUCUCCCCCUGCGUCCCCUCAUUUCUCCCCCUGUGUCCCCUCAUUUCUCCCCCUGCGUCCCCUCAUUUCUCCCCCUGCGUCCCCUCAUUUCUCCCCCUGCGUCCCCUCAUUUCUCCCCCUGCGUCCCCUCAUUUCUCCCCCUGCGUCCCCUCAUUUCUCCCCCUGCGUCCCCUCAUUUCUCCCCCUGCGUCCCCUCAUUUCUCCCCCUGCGUCCCCUCAUUUCUCCCCCUGCGUCCCCUCAUUUCUCCCCCUGUGUCCCCUCAUUUCUCCCCCUGCGUCCCCUCAUUUCUCCCCCUGCGUCCCCUCAUUUCUCCCCCUGCGUCCCCUCAUUUCUCCCCCUGCGUCCCCUCAUUUCUCCCCCUGCGUCCCCUCAUUUCUCCCCCUGCGUCCCCUCAUUUCUCCCCCUGCGUCCCCUCAUUUCUCCCCCUGCGUCCCCUCAUUUCUCCCCCUGCGUCCCCUCAUUUCUCCCCCUGCGUCCCCUCAUUUCUCCCCCUGCGUCCCCUCAUUUCUCCCCCUGCGUCCCCUCAUUUCUCCCCCUGCGUCCCCUCAUUUCUCCCCCUGCGUCCCCUCAUUUCUCCCCCUGUGUCCCCUCAUUUCUCCCCCUGCGUCCCCUCAUUUCUCCCCCUGCGUCCCCUCAUUUCUCCCCCUGCGUCCCCUCAUUUCUCCCCCUGCGUCCCCUCAUUUCUCCCCCUGCGUCCCCUCAUUUCUCCCCCUGCGUCCCCUCAUUUCUCCCCCUGCGUCCCCUCAUUUCUCCCCCUGCGUCCCCUCAUUUCUCCCCCUGCGUCCCCUCAUUUCUCCCCCUGCGUCCCCUCAUUUCUCCCCCUGCGUCCCCUCAUUUCUCCCCCUGCGUCCCCUCAUUUCUCCCCCUGCGUCCCCUCAUUUCUCCCCCUGCGUCCCCUCAUUUCUCCCCCUGCGUCCCUCAUUUCUCCCCCUGCGUCCCCUCAUUUCUCCCCCUGCGUCCCCUCAUUUCUCCCCCUGCGUCCCCUCAUUUCUCCCCCUGCGUCCCCUCAUUUCUCCCCCUGCGUCCCCUCAUUUCUCCCCCUGCGUCCCCUCAUUUCUCCCCCUGCGUCCCCUCAUUUCUCCCCCUGCGUCCCCUCAUUUCUCCCCCUGCGUCCCCUCAUUUCUCCCCCUGCGUCCCCUCAUUUCUCCCCCUGCGUCCCCUCAUUUCUCCCCCUGCGUCCCCUCAUUUCUCCCCCUGCGUCCCCUCAUUUCUCCCCCUGCGUCCCCUCAUUUCUCCCCCUGCGUCCCCUCAUUUCUCCCCCUGCGUCCCCUCAUUUCUCCCCCUGCGUCCCCUCAUUUCUCCCCCUGCGUCCCCUCAUUUCUCCCCCUGCGUCCCCUCAUUUCUCCCCCUGCGUCCCCUCAUUUCUCCCCCUGCGUCCCCUCAUUUCUCCCCCUGCGUCCCCUCAUUUCUCCCCCUGCGUCCCCUCAUUUCUCCCCCUGCGUCCCCUCAUUUCUCCCCCUGCGUCCCCUCAUUUCUCCCCCUGCGUCCCCUCAUUUCUCCCCCUGCGUCCCCUCAUUUCUCCCCCUGCGUCCCCUCAUUUCUCCCCCUGCGUCCCCUCAUUUCUCCCCCUGCGUCCCCUCAUUUCUCCCCCUGCGUCCCCUCAUUUCUCCCCCUGCGUCCCCUCAUUUCUCCCCCUGCGUCCCCUCAUUUCUCCCCCUGCGUCCCCUCAUUUCUCCCCCUGCGUCCCCUCAUUUCUCCCCCUGCGUCCCCUUUUCACUCCCCCUGCGUCCCCUCAUUUCUCCCCCUGCGUCCCCUCAUUUCUCCCCCUGCGUCCCCUCAUUUCUCCCCCUGCGUCCCCUCAUUUCCCCCCUGCUGUUCAUUAUGGUCCCCCCUUGCUUACCCCUUCCUUUGCCCCGUGCUAG